CGCUGCAUAAUAUAAAUAAAAUUCAAAUUACUACCAAUCCCAAUAUAAAGUUUCAGAAUAAUAUAUUAUAUAGUGCUAUUUUAUAAAUUUUCUACCAAUGACGUCCGCAGAAGAGGUAGACGCGGUGCUAACUGCGAAACAGGCUCUAAUGUUUGCCCUGGGUGACAAGUGGCCACUGUAUCUGGCCAACAUGAAAUUGUGGUUUCGAAAAAAAUCCUCUAAGGAAGAGUUUGACUUGGAAUGCCGCAAAUUGUUCAACUCAGAUCAGAUGCAUCUGCAUAACAAAUUUCUCCUUGCGAUUUUGAACAAAAUAGAUGCUGUGGCACCCCCUCAAAGUGUCAGUUAUGGGGUGAAUGCAGGCCAUGGAAAGAGUAGUGGUAGUUCAAAGAAGCGGAAGCGUUCAUCAAAACCUUCCUCAGAUCGUGCAACAUUUGAGCCGGCUACGGUACACGAUUUUAUUCCGAAAGAAAUUAUAGACUACGAACAGGCAGCUAGCCAGAGCAACACAGUACCUACCAUUCGCUAUGCUGCACAAGAGCUGUUCCUGCCGGACAACGGAUUGGUCCUGGGUAGAUUGCUAGUCGGUGCUUGGGAAAACGGUCUGAUCAACGUGGAGGAAAACGCUGUCGACUUAAUAGUUCAAGCUGUUCAGGUAAUGUUGAAAAACAUCCUAACCGCAGUCAUCAUGAAGAGGAAGCAUUUUCGCACCACGGCCAAUGGGACAUUUGCCUACGACGUGGGUCAUCAGUUGGCUCAUCCUUACAAUCGUAACACCGUCACCAAAACGAAAGUCGAUGAUGAGCCAAUGGAGCUGGAUAAAGAAAUCACAACUGUCUGUUAUUUGAAGCCUCCGGCGGGGGAUUCAAUAUUUCUGGCUUCGUGUGGGGAACCUUACCAGAAUCAGACGAGAAAGAUAACUGUAUAUGAUGUGUACAAAACACUUCUCAACAGAAGUGUGAUUCCAUCCCAUUCGGUCUAUUCGAUGAAUAUGGAAAGGAUAUCAAGUCUAUUGUCGUAAAUUAAAAAGUCAAUUUUUAAUAAGGAAAAUAUGUAUAUUUAUAUCUUUACAUGUUUUAUAAAGACUAUAAAAAUAAUUGUUUGAUUAUUGAUAUCAAAAAUACACAUGCAACUAAAUCA